GAGAAGCCUGGAUAUUGUUUACCACAGCGGCACGUGGUCGAGGUGGCAGGCAUGGCAGACGGGGAGACGGGGCUCCGCUCCGCUCUUCUCAAGCUCUGCCAUAAAGAUCAGGCAUGCCAUUCUAUAUUCAAGGAGCAUCUAGAAAAGAAGAAAUGGAAUUCUGAUGACGUGGAAUACCUCUUUCGAAAACUGGGGCAAUCUCUUUUGGACCCCCAUCUUACUCUUCAGUUAGGCGUACAUCUGCGGCCAUGGAUACUGGAGUUACUGGGGCGAGCACAAGUUGCUGCCAAGAAGACCCUUUUGUCAGGCAAUGGCAAUGACCUUCAUCUUGCCCUUUGUAUAGCUCUGAGCAAACUGGUGGCAUUCAGUGGGGAUGCAGUGAGAUUUUGCCUCAAGUACUUCCAAAAUGCUGUACCACCAUUUCAAAGAGAAAGAGUGGAGCAUGAUGAGCCGACUCCUAAAAAGAGAAGAAAGCAGAAUGAAAGGGUUGCUGUUGGAGAGAAAGAAUGCUUACAAGCUUCUGUUGAUCUUUUGCUUCAUGUGGGAAGAGACUUGGCACAGUUAUGGAGCUGUAAAGACUUGAUACCUUAUCUGCACCAUACUUGUGAGGAAGUGAAAUGGUUGGCAUGUCACUGCAUAGGAACAAUAUCUCGAAUGAGUGAAACUCAACGAGAAUCUUUUAUAUUGAGGCAUGUCACCUUGGAAACUCACAGAACCCUUUCAGUACAAAACAGUAAAAGCGUCCCACAUGACUUACCAAACAUACGAACUACUGAACUUAUUGAAGAGGACUCUCCAAGUCUUCGCCAGACAGUUAGUGUCUGUGGGGUCAUGUUACCAAUUCAUGACAGGAAAUCACAGAAAGAAGGUUGCCUGGUUACUCUGCCUUCAACAAGGCGCAACCUUGAGGCAGUGGCCCUUGCUGUGUGUAGGGGCCACCCAGUGCUCCUAGAAGGAGUAGUGGGAUGUGGCAAGACUUCCAUCGUGGAACAUUUGGCUUGUGUUACAGGACGAAUAAGAGCUCCAGCUUUGACCAAGAUUCAGUUGGGUGACCAAACUGACAGCAAGACCCUGCUUGGAACUUACUGCUGCACUCAGACUCCAGGAGAAUUUAUCUGGAGGCCUGGUUCCCUGACACAGGCAGUAACAAAUGGCUUCUGGAUUCUACUUGAAGAUAUUGAUUAUGCACCAAUGGAUGUCAUCUCAAUUCUUGUUCCACUUUUGGAAUCACGAACUUUAUCUCUACCAGGUCAAGGAAACAUCCAAGCUCACCCUGAUUUCCAACUAUUUGCCAGUCGCCGGACAGUUGCAGGAACAAAGAUGGUCAGUGGAUGUGCUAAUCUCCUGGAUAAGCUAUGGACAAAAGUUACUCUUGAGACACUUACUCGUUCAGAGCUGCUACAGCUUGUUGCUAUCAGGUGGCCCAAACUUGAAGCAGUAUCAGAAAAGUUAGUUGGAGUGUACCUGAUGCUGUCAUCUGGCCAGCAUGAUGAUGACACUGAAAAGGAGAACCAGACAGACGUCUUUGACUUUACCACUGUGAAGACAUCUGGUCGUCUAGUUUCAACCCGUGACCUGAUGAAGUGGUCCUCCAGAGUUGCCUGCCAUAUUGCUAACACAGACACAAGUGUAGCAAACAGAGCAUUUCAGGAAGCCCUUGACUGCUUUUGUGCUGCAGUACCAGACCAGUUAUUGAGCUACAAGUUUGCCUUACAUAUUGGCUCAUUUAUGAAUAGGACUAAAGCUGAAAUUGAGUACUACUGUGUUCAGUACAAGCCAGAAGUUACUCAUUUGUCAAACAGCUUUGUUAUAGGACAGCGGGCAAAAUUGCAUCGCAAGCCAGUCAAUGCCCAGUACUUAAAGCAAAGUGUAGAUAUACCCUUUUCAUUUACAAGACCUGCAGCCUGUCUCCUUGAGAGAAUUGGUGUUGCAGUGAUGAACCAGGAACCUGUCUUAAUUGUAGGAGAGACAGGAACUGGGAAGACCUCCACUGUGCAGUACUUGGCUCAUCAGACCCGCAACAGGUUGCGCGUCAUUAACAUGAAUCAGCAGAGUGACUCGACUGAUCUCCUUGGAGGGUUUAAACCAGUUGAAAUGAAGACUAUUGUUGCACCAGUCAGGCAGGAAUUUGAGGAUCUAUUUGCUGCUACAUUCACAACAAAUGAUAACAGCAAGUUUCUUCAGCAUAUUAUGACUUGUUUCUUGAGUCAGAGAUGGAGUGAUCUCUUCACUCUAAUGGAUCACUCACAAAUAAAGGCCACUGAAAGACUUGAAGGAAAAAAUGAUGCUGAAAGCAAAGCCUUGAUUUGCAAGUGGAAGAAGCAAAGAUCAAAGAUUGCUUCCAUGAAGGAACAAGUCCAGAAUGCACAGAGUGCAUUGGCUUUUGCCUUUAUUGAAGGAACACUUAUUAAAGCAGUUCAAGAAGGAGAGUGGGUGCUACUGGAUGAGAUCAACCUGGCUAGUGCAGAAACUUUAGAAUGUUUGUCUGGACUUCUGGAAUGCAGAACUGGUUCACUGACCCUGCUAGAACGAGGAGACAACAAGCCCAUUAGCAGACAUCCAGACUUUCGCCUUUUUGCCUGUAUGAACCCAGCAACUGAUGUUGGAAAGAAGGAGUUACCUGCUGGAUUGAGAAACAGGUUCACAGAAUUUUUCAUGGAAGAAUUAAACAGCAAACAGGAUUUGAUGAUAAUCAUAAAUGAUUAUCUACUGAAGUUGGGUCCAACCAGUCAGCAAAUAAAAGGUAUCAAAGACUUUUACAAAAAGGUGAAGAAAGAAGCAGAGCUCAGCCUGAUGGAUGGCACAGGACACAAGCCUCAUUAUAGCUUGCGAAGCUUGUGUCGUGCCCUAGCUGUAGCUGCUAAAAAUCCAUGUUCCAGCCUUCCAAGAUCCUUACUUGAAGCCUUUUGCAUUUCCUUCUUGACUCAGUUAGACCGUACAUCUCAUCAAGUUGUGGGGAACAUGAUAAAGCAGCAUGUAUUGGGUAUAGAUAUGCAGACAAAAGGAAGGGACAAACGCAAUUUUAAAUUAUCUCUUGAUCCAAUACCUGCUCCUGCUUCUGAAAAGUGUGUCCAGAUUGAGGGCUACUGGAUACCUCAAGGCCCCUUGGAACCUCAAGCACUGGAUAAUUAUAUAAUCACUGAAACUGUGAAGAGGAACCUAGAGGACCUUGUACGUGUUGUGAGCAUUGGUCGGUUUCCAGUGCUUCUUCAGGGGGAGACCUCUGUUGGCAAGACUUCUCUCAUCUCAUACCUGGCUCAGCUUACUGGCAACUUCUGUGUUCGCAUCAAUAACCAUGAGCACACUGACCUACAAGAGUAUAUUGGGUGUUAUGGGCCUGAUGAGAGUGGGAAACUGGUCUUCAGUGAAGGUGCAUUAGUAAAAGCAGUACGUAAUGGUCAUUGGAUCAUUCUUGAUGAACUCAAUCUAGCUCCAUCAGAUGUUUUGGAGGCUCUGAAUCGUUUGCUAGAUGAUAACAGGGAGCUGUUUAUUCCUGAAACUCAGGAUACAGUACGGGCACACCCACACUUCAUGUUGUUUGCCACACAAAACCCACCAGGACUGUAUGGAGGAAGAAAGGUCCUGUCUAGAGCCUUCCGAAAUAGAUUUGUGGAGCUACAUUUCAAUGAAAUUCCUUCUGGUGAGUUAGAGAUAAUUUUACAUAGGAGAUGUGAAAUCCCCCUGUCUUAUAGCAAGAAGAUGAUUGCUGUGCUCUCGGAUCUGCAAAACAUGAGAAGAGGAUCAAAUCUUUUUCAGGGAAAGCAAUCAUAUGUCACCCUCCGUGACCUGUUUCGUUGGGCUGAGAGGUAUCGCCUCUCCCCACAACAGAGUAGCAAGUUCUAUGACUGGGAUCAACAUAUAGCAGAUGAAGGAUAUCUUGUGCUUGCUGGCAGAGUAAGGCUGGAAGAAGAAGCUGCAGCAAUAAAAAAAGUCCUGGAAAAAAGGCUGAAGAGAGUUGUUGACCAAAGCAAGCUGUUCACAUUGUCAGAAAAGACUUCCUCAGUCACAAAAUCCAUCUUAGAACAGAUGACUGAAAUACAGGGUUUUGAACAUGUGGUCUGGACUCAGGAUAUGCGCCGUCUCUACAUCUUGGUUUCUAAGGCUCUAUGUUUCAAGGAACCAGUGCUACUAGUUGGAGAGACAGGCUGUGGCAAAACAACAGUUUGCCAGAUGAUUGCUGCUCAAAACAACCAAGAUCUUUACACUGUUAACUGCCACAUGCAUUCUGAAGGAGCAGAUUUUCUUGGUGGACUGCGUCCUGUAAGAUCACAUUCAGAUGAGGAUGAUCGUCUCUUUGAGUGGAUGGAUGGCCCUCUCAUCCUAUCCAUGAGGGAUGGGAGUAUGUUCCUAGCUGAUGAAAUAUCCCUUGCUGAUGAUAGUGUACUGGAAAGAUUAAAUUCAGUUCUUGAACCAGAGAGGAUGCUGGUUUUGGCAGAGAAAGGAGCUGACAUUGAAGGCAGUGCCAGUAGUAGCCCUGACAUUAUUUUUGCCCAUGAAAACUUCAGGCUUAUUGGAACCAUGAACCCUGGUGGAGAUUAUGGAAAAAAAGAACUCUCUCCAGCCCUUAGGAACCGUUUUACAGAAAUCUGGUGCCCUAAAGUUGAAGUUAAUCGUGUAUCUUGUGAUGUUCUGAAAAUUAUUGAGCACAACAUAAGGAAGGAUAUUGUUUUGAACCAGGAAGGAAAAACAGAGUUGGGAAAAGCAAUGCUGCAGUUCUUAGAACAUUUUACAGAUACAGAACUCGGCAAGAAGUGUAUCCUUAGUAUUAGAGAUAUACUGUCUUGGGUUGAUUUUAUCAACAAGGUGACAUUGCAACCAACUUCCUUAGAUCCAGGUCUAGCUUAUAUUCAUGGAGCAUGUCUGGUACUCCUUGAUGGCCUAGGAUCAGGACUCACAGGAAGUGGUGUUGCAGGGUGGAAGCAGUUGAGAAAAGCUGGUCUUAAUUAUCUUUGUCAACAAGUGUGGCAAAAUUCUGGAACAAAGCCAAACAAAGCAACACUGGUGGAAGAAUUUGUUUGUGAACUGAACUUUGUAAAUACAGAUACCUUGUUUGGCAUAGGACCAUUCAUUAUCACCAAAGGAUCAGAAGAGGAGCCAAAGUCAGAAAUAUUUACCUUCAAAGCACCUCGGACUUGUAUCAACUUGCUUCGCCUGCUGAGGGGCUUGCAGCUGAGUCGGCCUUUGCUACUGGAGGGAAGUCCAGGUGUUGGCAAGACCAGUUUAGUCAUAGCUCUGGCCAAGGCUUCUAGCCACAAGAUUGUACGCAUCAAUCUCUCAGAACAGACAGAUGUCAGUGACCUCUUUGGUGCAGAUUUACCUGUCGAAGGAGGCAAAGGUGGGAAGUUUGCUUGGCGAGAUGGGCCUUUGUUACAAGCACUACGUGAGGGGUCUUGGGUGGUGCUGGAUGAACUCAACUUGGCUUCUCAGUCAGUGCUGGAAGGUCUUAAUGCAUGUUUUGACCACAGAGGGGAGAUAUUUGUUCCUGAGCUAGGGAAAACUUUCCAUGUAGAGCAUCAGACCACUAAGAUCUUUGCAUGUCAAAAUCCCCAACAUCAGGGUGGAGCUAGGAAAGGUCUUCCUAAGUCAUUUCUCAACAGAUUUACACAAGUUCAUGUAGAAGCCCUGUCACCUGCUGAUUUAGAGUUUAUUCUUAGUAUGAUGUAUGGAAAGUUACCUCAAGAUAUUGUGACAAAAAUGGUUCAGUUCAAUGAGGUCAUCACUUCAGAAAUCCAAGUGCAGGGCCUUUGGGGUCAAUUAGGAGGUCCAUGGGACCUGAACUUGCGUGACAUGUUCAGAUGGUGUGAAAUAAUACUGAAGAAUCAGUCACCAGAUUACUACAAUCCUGGAGAAUAUGUUAGUCUUAUAUACGCAGAUCGCAUGAGGACAAAAGAGGACAAGAAAAGUGUUUUGCACUUAUAUGACCGCAUAUUUGGAGAAGGCUACCCAAGUUAUAAGAGUAUUGGCAGAUACAAUAUCACAGCAAGAGAAAUUCAGAUUGGCCAUGCAGUUAUUAACAGAAAUUUUGAUGGUGACAAAAGUGAGGAAGACAAUACUGGUGACCUUUAUCUUAUGAAGAAUCAGCUACCAGUUAUGGAGAGUCUUGUGCAUUGCAUUAAUAUGAACUGGAUGGCAUUAUUAGUUGGGGAGUCUGGAACUGGCAAAACUUGCUUAGUGAAAUUGUUGGCCAGGCUUACAGGGCAGCGCCUCCUCACACUUACUGUCAAUUCAGACAUGGAUGUCACUGAACUUUUAGGAGGCUUUCAACAGAUGGACUACAAACAGUUGCUAGGAGAAGCAGUAAGUACUGCCCUCUCUGAGAUACAGGCAACAGUUAGAGCAGCACUCCUUCUUGGUGAAGAAUCUCGGGCAGUAACAGUCCUUGCUGCUUGGGAAGAACUUCUUGCUGCUCAAAAGGAUAAGGCAGUCAGAACCAUGUUUGAGGAAACAACACAUUUUCAUUAUCAGUGUGAUUUGCUUCUGGCAGUCCUUCAGACUAUUACAGACACACAAGUUGAUAUGAAAGGGAGAAAGAAAAGAAAGAAGGAAUGUGUGAAAGACAAUGGUAGUAAGAGCAAGGGACUGGGCAGGGCUGCUGCACUCAGAGACUAUGUGAAACAAUUGCAGAAGAAAGUCAGAGAGGCUGGAACAUUGUCAGGUGGAGGUACCUUUCACUGGGUGGAUUCUCUUCUUGUUAAAGCAAUACGUGAUGGUGAUUGGAUACUGAUUGAUGGUGUGAACAUAUGUUCAGCGUCAGUUCUGGACAGACUCAAUGGCUUACUGGAACCUGGGGGAGAGCUGAGCCUCAAUGAGCAAGGUGUAGUGGGUGGUAGUGUUCCCACAGUUGCUCCUCAUCCUCAGUUUCGUCUUUUUCUUGCCAUGAAUCCCUUGCAUGGAGAAAUUUCAAGAGCCAUGAGGAACAGAGGGUUAGAGAUUUGUAUACUUGAAUCAUGGACAGCAUCUGAAGACCUGCGAGCACUGAUGCUACAUGCUGGCUUAACUUCUGUGCCCCUACAGAAUACCCUAUUUCAGGCACACCAGACUGUUACUGAACGUCUACCAGGAUAUGAGCAGCCAGGCAUUACCCAGAUGAAGCUAGCAGGAUCAGUGACUCAUCAACUGAUCCAGGCUGGUUAUCAUUCUGAUCUUGCCCUCAAGAAAGCAUUGACCCUAGUAUAUGUAAGAUCUCAUGGUAAACCUACAAUCAAAAAAGCUGCAUAUGAAGCCAUAACUGAAGUUCUGGAACAUUGGGGCCAAAAUCCUGACAUAUGCUGGCCUCAUUAUGAGAACCAGGUCUUGAGUGUGCAAAAACUUAGCCUGGGUAGUUGUUUGGCACAAGUGAAAGUUUUUGCUUCACUGUUGCAGGCAGUUACUUUAGCGGCAAGAGAUCCAAAACUUGUGUCCACCUGGAUCUUGGCAUCACUCCCUUUGCCCUGUCCCUUACCAUGUUCAGAAGUGAGUGUGCUGAGCUGUGUUGUUUUGCUUUUUUCAGCAAUGGCAGUUCAAGACUGGCCAGUGCUCUCAGAAUGGAUGACACAACAAAUGAAAUCUGCAUCACACACCAAAUCUCAUCUAGAGCAAAAUGUUUCAUCCCUACUGAAUUUUGUUUUGUCCAGAAAAGUUUGUCUUGCAUCUCAAGCCUUGACAAAUGAAACUCUGCAACAUGCUUAUGAUCCACGCUUUGCCCUGCUGAAACAUUCCAAAGCAAGAGAUCAACAAAAUACUUCUAAUUUUGAGAGCCUCUCUAAUAAGUCAAGUUUAUGGCUAUGGUAUACUGUGUAUUACUGUUUCAAACAGAAUGCUGUUGUUGAAAAGUCUAAUGGCAGUUACAAAUUGGAUUCAAUGACACUAUUGGAAGUUUCUCAUGCAGUGAAUAAGGGCUUUGUGGGUAGUAGCUCUUCCCCUCAUGCCUCAGUUCCUCAUCUUAUCCCUUUCUUCUCCCAAAUUAAUAAGUUCAUCUUGUCCUUGACGGAUGAUAAACACAUACCCAUCACAAAUCAAGAAUUCUGCCUGUUUUUGUCUGCUUUGCGGUGGUGUGACCGCCUCUACCAGUUUUGCAGCCAAAAUGUGAGUAAAUCAAAGUUUCAUCUGUUUCUGCCACAGUUAACUUUGCAUUGGCAUUGGGUUUAUGAAGAGUUUCUACAGAAAAUUCCUAGUUCAUGGGAAUAUUUGGUUUCCGAGCAAUUCAGGAAAGUAGUGAAGAUCUUACACUUAGAGUUUGAACUAGAAUAUGGCCCAGUUCACAAAAUUGCCUCAAGGCUGCGAUCAUGCACAUCACCAGCACCAUUUCCAUCUGCCAUGAUCUCAGGUGCUCAGUUUCGCCUGUUAGACUUGACAUCCAGUCUUGCUCCAGCUCCAGACAAUGAAAAUGUCAACUUGUUCUUAGCAUCUUCCACUGGAAAGGAAGUAUGUGAGCUACUAAUGAAUAUUGCAAGUGAAGUUGCCUCUUGCAAUGCAGAAAAAGUAAAUGAUAUACAUGACCAGAUUAGCAGUGUAGAGGAUAUUGUUAAAGAAAAGUGCAUUGGCCAAAAGGCUUCAUCAAAAGUGAAAGACAGAGACUUAAUGGCACUACAGGUUCAAACUUGGCCCUUAAGGGAUUAUUUAGCAUCCCAUGUUUUGUCAGUUGAGAGAGUGAGUGAUGAAGUAUCACCACUCAUACAUGAUGUUGUUAUAGAGGCACCUGGAGUAUAUACAGAACUUAUAGGCUUUCUUUCUGGUCCAACCUUUAGACCAUCAGCUGCAUUUGGAACUCACAGCUAUCUUGCCCUAACUCAGAGCACUGCCAGUCGACAAACUUGUACUUACCUCAGCUACUCUCCUGUUUCCUCUGAAGAGAAUGAAGAAGUAAAGAAUAGUGUACUACUUCAUCCAGCAGCAUGUCAGCUCUCAUACAUUUUGCUGGCUGGGAAAAAUACAUCCAGUUAUGAUAUUGAGAGUGCAAUGCAGAAAGUUCCUACAGGUAUGCAUGUUGAAAAACUGGCACAGUUAAGAGUGCUUAAGUCAACAUUGUGGAACAAUUGGUCCAUUCUUGCUGAUCCUUCACUAAGCUAUGAGGCAUCAUUUACCAAUUAUGUGGUAUUUUAUCUGACUUCAUCUUUGAAAGUUUUUGCCGAUGCAUUAGGCAUUUCAUCUGAAUUUGGUGAUGAAUCCGAUCAUCUGCAGAUAGUCUCCGCUCUUGCAUCUAGGAUAAUUGAGGCUAAUGUUUCUUGGUUGCCAGACAGUAGCCAACAGCAGCUCCAAAAAUUGGUUAGGUUUAUUACAAGUCUCAAAGAAUGUUCAGAUAACUGGAAGGAUAAAGCAAACUUUGCUGCCCAAGCAGCAGUUACACUUGGUACACUUUACACUAGUAUUUUAAGUCACAUGGAACCAGUUGAUCCAGCUCAGUUUCAUUCUCUGAAGUUGCAGUAUCACCAGGAAGAACUGCAAGAUUUGGAGUCUCAUUUGAUGCUAACAGCAUGGUUUGAACACUUAAGAGGUAGUUUGGAUUACUCAAGAGUGCUAGAAACCCAUCCUCAUCUGCCAUCAUUUGAGGCAAGAUGCAGCCAGAUAAAGUCUGAGAUGACACACAUGUCACAGCAGACUGCACAUCGUGCAGGUGCAGUAGAGUAUCAUCAACUAAAGCAAGAUUGUGUUCAUUUUUGCUCAAGUGUGUUCAUCCCUGAAAGAAUCCAAGAACUGUCUGAAAAUCUUCAAAUAGAGGAGGAUAGGUUACCUUCAGAAUCCUCAUUAGUGAAAACUGAAUGUCUUCUUGCUUCUUGUGAUAACUUUGUUAAAAAAGUUGUGCAGCAGUAUCCCCUCUAUCGGGAUAUUACAUAUCCAUUCCUACAAGCAGUGACUGUAACAUGUGAAGCUCUUAGGAUUUUAGUAUGUCAUUCUCAUAUACAUUCAUUUAAUGUAAAAUGUGGCAUCAACUUGACAGAUAACUUGGCAAAGUACUCUUCCUUCCCUGCACAACGAGAACCAUCACGUCCCCUUCAUGUGGUGAGUGAUCAAAUGAAUGUUGCCAAGUGCAUUCCAGUCUUGUUGUGUGAAGAACAGUUUCAUGGACAGAUAAAAAUUGCUACAACUGUUGCUCUUCGUGCAGCACUCCUGGACUUGUUGAAUGUGACUCUAGCUCAGCACCACUUGGAUGAAUCUAGUAUUGAAUUGGCCUCUCAACUGUUGGGUCAAGCAGUCUCUCAGUGGAGGCAACAGGAAGAAGAGAAGGCCCGCCAUGCUGAGGAAGAGGAAAACUUGUACUGCCAUAAGGCACGCACUCUUGCGAUGUCUGAAACAGAUGAAGAAACAUUAGAAAGAGAAUUCCAAGAGACCUUCCCAUGCUUUGAUCAUGAAUUUGAUGAUUUGAAGGGAAUAAAUUUAGAAGAUACAGCAAAGAUGAAAAAUGGUGAAAGGGAGGAACAUCAAGAUACUCUGGUUAUGUACAUGACUGAUGAACAACUUUUUGAAAUAAGUGAGUUACAUAACAAGAUUUUUGCAAACUUAGUUCACACUUCAUGGCUUGCUCCUGACACAAAAGUCUCCAUCCAUUCACAGGUAGUUACAGCAGCACUGCUGAGGUUCUCUGUGCUUCAAUCCCUUAUAGGAACUGUAGGAACCAUAGCAGGUUGCUGCCUUGAUCAGGCUAUGUUGGGAGCUCAUAUUUUGAGUAAUGAUUACUCUUGCUCUUACUUAUCUCAAGAAUCCCUUACACCACUUCUUGAACAUCCCUAUGACAUCUAUAAAGACCCCAAUCCCCAAGAGGUGUUGAAAGUUCGCCCACUACUGAAUUCAGUGUGUGAACGUGUUGAUGAACUCCUCAUGCAGUGGCCAGGUCAUCCUAGUUUGGUAAUGGUGAACACUGUUAUAUCAAGAGUGUUGGACUUCCCUCUCACUUCUCCACUUAUGAAGCAUGUAAUAGGCUUGGAAACAAUUCUGGAAAAGGCUCAGGAAUGGGAAAGGAAUGCUCAUUCUGGUGUGUCCAUGAAGGAACAACUGGAGGCUGUGACUCACCAAGUCCUUGAGUGGCGACAGCUGGAGUUGAAUGCAUGGCGCUCUUGUUUAGACUCUGUCACUCACAAGGUUGCGGUUCAGGGUCGGAAAUGGUGGCCAUAUCUUUUUGAUACGUUCCAAGCUGCUCUUACAGAAACAGUUACAUUGCCUGAAGUAUUACAAACACUGAAACAGUUUUUGGAAACUGCGGUCUUGGGUGAUUUUCAAAUUCGCCUACAACUCCUUUUUUCUUUUCACUGUCAUCUUGCAGUACUAGAAAAGAGUAAAAUUACUCAAUCAUUAGUGGCUAUCACAUGGAAUUUAUACCACUACUUCAGUCAGUUCUUGCAUUUGGUAACCACAGCAAUAACCAAGGCCAGAUUGCCAAUUGAAAAGGAAGUGAAAGGCUAUGUUAAGAUAGCUCGCUGGAAUGAUAUCAAUUACUUUGCUGUGCGAGAGUCUGUAGAUAAGAGUCGUCGUACUCUUCAUCGCCACAUGAGGAAUUGGGAAAAGAAUUUGAGACGGCCUUUUGCACCACUUAUGUGUGACACAAACUCAGAGUUGAAUGAAGACCAUACAGGAGCUUGGGAUCAAAAGUCUGAGAUCUGCCCAUCAAAGAUCCCUUAUCCUGUUUUGCCUCCAUCUCCUGUAAUGGUAAAACACUCAGAAGAUGUAGGAGAAUACCAAGUCCUUUCUAGACUCACCUUCCUAACCAAGCGCUGCCACAAGUUAACAUGUAGAAUGCUGUCUGAGUUUUCUUAUACAGUCUAUGUGGAUGAAGUUGAAGAUACCACAGUCAAGAUCAUAUCCAGUUAUCAAGAACUUCAGGCAGCAGCAACACGAGCUGAGAAUGCUCCUUCAGAUAAAAUACGUGUCAAGCAACUGAGAGGUGUGAUGCAGCGCCGAAGGGAAUCUCUCACACGGCUCUUCAAGGUGUUAGAUUGUAUGGGUGUGACCUACACACGUGGUAAUAGCCUUUGGGAUCAUAAGGAUAUUGACUCCUGCCUGAACCUUUCACCAGUAGAUUUGGAAGUUGCUCACACAGACGUUCCAUCUUUGUUGCCAGCACGAGAGGCCUGGCCAGGGUGUGUAAAGUAUCUUAACCGCAGUAUUGGUCGUCUCUCCUUGUUGUUGUCCUCCCUACAGCAACCACAUCAAGAUCUUGGCCCUGAACUCAUCAAGCGGCUGCGUGGCAUCUCAUGUCAUCUUUUUCUUCUGGUGCGGGACCAAAGGAUGUCCUUAUCCUAUGUUAGUGAAUUUACUCACAAAUUGCAUAAUCUUCUCAAAGACAUAAGAGAAGUAGAUUCUCAUCACUCAGUGAGUAAGAUGUUGACAAGAAUACAGCAUCUCCACUCUUUGACAACUUCUUUGUCACUUACUCUUGAGGAGACUGUUAAAGUACUUGGGACAUAUACUAAUGCUAAACCUUUACUGUUGCUUGAAGCUUCUCCAUGUAAAAUAGAAGUUCAUGAAGCUAAGACCAUUCUAGAAGGAACUAAGGGGAAAAUUGAUUGUUUGGCAUUAAAGCUUACCAGUUUAUUGAGACAUUUCCAGAGUGGCCAUAGAUUAGUUACUCCAGCCCACAGUAAAGUGUACAAUGACAUCAUAAAUAAUCUUAGUCAAGAUGCCAAGGAGUUACAUGAAGUUACCAAGAUGCUUUCAGUAAGACAUGAUAAGCUACAUCCAGUCACUGGCCAACUAAACAAGUGGUUGUCAGAAUGGUGGGCUGCCCAGUCUAAUUUCUCUCUUGCUAAUGUUGCUCAACCACAAGAUGAUGUUCAUGGUGUUGGUUUUGAUCUAUUGGAAAACUGUUUGACUCAAAUAUUGCUGUGUGUAGAGAAUUUGUACAAGAAACAUUGCCCUGUACAAAGCAAAGUUGAAAAUGAUGAAGAAUCUGGAAAGGAUAUGCUUAGUCUUGGAUUAGUCAAACAGCUCAAGUCUGAUACUGAAAACCUGCACAUGGAAGAAAUUGUGACCAGAAUACAGAAGCUUGUGAAGAUAUCAGAAUGUCAGCCUGACAUACAGCAGGUAUUGAAGGCUUCACUACCACUCCUUGAGCAGUAUCAUGCAAUUUGUGAAUCUGUUUUGCUAAUGAUGACAAGCAGUAACAGAAGUAUUGCUAAAUUAACAUCAAUUAUAAUUGCAGUUUUUCAAAACUUAGCAGUAAAAGGCUUUUGUCGUCCUCAAGAAUUGCAAGAUGAAGAAGGUGGAGAGGGGGCUACAAAUUUUGAGGAUUCAGGAGGCACUGGCCUUGGUGAGGGUGAGGGUAAAAAAGAUGUUUCUGAUCGCAUUGAGUCAGAAGACCAACUUGAAUCAGCCUUGAAGGAGGGAGAAAAGGAGGAGGCAGGAGACAAAGAUUUGCAAGAAGAGGAUAAGGGAAUUGAAAUGAAUGAAGAUUUUGAGGGAAAGCUGCAGGAUGUUGAGAAGAAUGAGAGAGGAGAAAGUGACAGUGAUAAUGAUGAUGAUAAUCAAAAGGAUUUGGAUAAACAAAUGGGUGAAACUGAAAAAGGUGCUGAUAAACUUGAUGAAAAAAUAUGGGGUGAUAAUGAGGAAAGUGAGGAUGAAGAGGAGACUAAAGACCAGGAUGAAGAAGAUGGACCUGGAGAGGGAGAAGCUACAGAGUCAAAAAUGGUGGCCAAAGAUGAUAAUAAGAGUAAGAAGGAAAGAGAUAAAGAGCAGAAGAAGAAAGAAGACUUAGAUGAAAUAGAGGACACAAGGAAAGAAAAUGAAAUGAAUGAAGAUGGCCAAGAAUAUGAUGACAAUUUCACUGAUCCCUAUGGAGGAGAAGCAAACAUAGAAGAUGAAGAAGAGGAAAAAAUGGAGUUGCCAGAUGACAUGAACUUGGAUAAUGGUGACACCAAUGAAAAUGAUGAUGAUGAUGAUGAUGAAAUGGAUCAACUUCCAGGAGAAAUAGAGGAAAAGGGUAUUUUCCCAGAAGAUGAAAAGGAACCAAAAGAGGAUGGGGAGGAGGAAGAUGCUGAAGAGAAUACAGCUAAAGGACAAGAGGAACCUAAUGAAAAGGAAUCUGUUGAAGAUGAUGAUGGAGAGCUUGGAGAAAAAGAUGAUGGAGAACAGGAUGAGGAGGAAUCUUCAGAAGAAAGAAACAAGGAUGAGCGAAGACAGGGAACUGAGGAAGGAAAUGACUUAAAUAAUGAAGAAAAUAACUUAGAAGAUAAAGCUGAGGCAUCUGAAGACAAAAGCUCUAAAGAUCUAGCAGAGGCAGCUGAGAUGGACACCACAGAUGGCAGCAAGGACCAGACUAAGGAGCAAUCCAAAUCAGACACUGGUGGACAGCGUGAAGAUGAUGAGGAAAAGCAGGAGGAACAAGGACAAAUGGGUGAACAGACAGAGGAUCAGGAAGGCACUGGUCAAUCUGAGAGUCGAACUCGAGAAGAUGCCCACCAGGGAGAGUCCUCAGCCUUGGUUACUCAGGCCUCAGCCAAUGACCAGAGUGACAUGAAGAAGCCGCGUAGACCUGGGGAGACUGAUGAGAACAGGACAUUGGGUGAUAAUAACAAGAGGAUACAACAGGGCUUGAUGACCAAAGAGUCCAAGCAAAGGAAAUCAGAAGCUGACCAACAGCAACAGGAAAAGGACAAUGAUGCUGAGAAAGAAUCUCAACACUCAACUUAUGAACACAUCAGCAAGUCAGAGGACCACUUUGAUGCCCAUAUGGUAGAUGCUGGCACACAGGAGCAGGCUAAGGAGGCUCCAGCACCUGCAGACAGACAGGAGGAGGAGAUGGCAGAUGAAGAUAUGUUAGAUACUCCAAUGGAGGUUGAGGAAGAAGAGCUAGGAGAAGCUGGAGAAGAGAAGAAGGCCACCAGCCAGGAAGGCAAAAAUGAAGAACAAAGGGAGCAGCGUCAGGGCAAGCAGGACCCACAAGCCGAGGGAGAGGCACAAAUAGUUACAGAAGGAGAGACAGUGCUGGAAAAUAUCAUCCAGCGUCCACCAGAGACCUACUUCCAUACUUUGAUGCCAGACCAAGAUGAAGAAAAAGAUAAACCAGUUGCCAAAUUUGAUGAAGAUGUUGAGAAGACCAGACGGCAAAUAGAAGUUGUGAGCACUCAUGAUGAAUGUGAAGGGUCAUCUUGGGCAAGGCAGGAGGCUCAAGUGGCUUCAGUGGCAAUGCAGUUGUGUGAACAGCUUCGCCUAAUUCUGGAACCUACACAGGCAGCCAGGCUGCGGGGUGAUUAUAGAACAGGGAAACGGCUAAACAUGAGGAAAGUGAUUCCAUACAUUGCAUCGCAGUUUCGCAAAGAUAAAAUAUGGCUCAGAAGAACACAACCAAGUAAGAGGACAUAUCAAAUUCUGGUGGCAGUAGAUGAUUCUGAGUCCAUGAUGGAAGCUCGGGCAGGAAGCCUGGCAGUGGAAAGUGUUGCCCUAGUUACUCGUGCUCUUACCUUGCUGGAGGUGGGUCAGCUAGGAGUUAUUAGUUUUGGGGCCACUACAAAAAUUUUGCAUCCUCUUGAUCAGCCAUUUAAUGAAACUUCAGGAAAUAGAAUUCUCACCAACUUAAAAUUUGACCAGAAAGUAACUAACUUUAGUAGAAUGUUAGAGGAUAGUGUGGCCAUCCUCAGUGGUUCCCGCAUCACUGGAAGCCAUGGUCACCCAGACACAGCCCAGCUACUGCUCAUCCUGAGUGAUGGCCAAACUCAGACCAGAAUGGAAACAGUCAAGGCAGCUGUAAGAGCUGCCCGAGCUGCCAGAAUAUUUAUUGUCUUUCUGGUCUUGGAUGCUAAGGAUAAUAGGUAUUCCUUCUAUGAUACAUUAAUAUAUGAAGGAGGAGUGAUGAAGUCUAUAGUGGAAUCCUUCCCCUUCCCAUUUUUCUUAGUAGUAAGGGACAUAGACACACUUCCUGAUGCUUUGGCCACAGCUCUUAGGCAGUGGUUUGAAUUGGUGACAGCUGAUGCAGCUCACUGAUGAAAUUCCAUUUAUGAUUACUGUUAUUUGCACAUUUGUACAUUAUUGUAUUAGAGUAAUUAUUUAUGACCAAUUUUGAUUUGUAUUGUAAAAACAGUUCAUAUAAAGCAAGUUUGUAUGCAGUAUAUGUUUUUAAUAAACUGAUGUUGUAA